AUGACUGUUUUUUGUCUUGAUAUUUUACUACAUGGAAUUAUUCCAGCAUUAACUGGUGGUUUUUAUUAUGAUCUAUAUACUACACCAUUGGCUAACACUGUACAUAUUUAUUUAUGGAUUUGUUUUAUGAUACUUCCACUGCUCUUAUAUCUCUUUACACCAAUCAGUCUAUUAUCAUUUUAUAUUUAUCCGUUAAUAAUAGGAAUAUUAUUUUCUAUUAUUAAGUUCCUUAAUUAUCGUUUACAUAAAUUUUUUGAUUUGGCUGUAAGAUGUGAUGAUACAAUUGUUGAUAAUAAAAAAUCUACAAUAAAUAUCAAUGAUGAUGUUGAAGAAGAACGUAAAUUACUCAAUCAACGUACAACAGUUGAUGCUCCUUUAUCAGAAACACAACCAUUAUGGAUUGAUUCUUUAUAUGGUAGUAAUAAUAGCAAUUUACCAUCUAUGUACGAUGAAUCAUGUACUCAUAUACGACGAUCAAAUGUUACAACAACAAAUGAUUGUCAUACUUCAACAUUAUCUCCGCCAGCUGUUCUAACACAAAAAUCCAAUGAUCAAAUAAAUGAAAUACCAAAAUAUUCUUUAACAAAUGUUAUUUUACAAGGACCUAGCCUUCAAGAUACAUGUGUAUCAGAUUCAAAAUUAUGUCAAAAGCAUGAACAAAAACCAAUAAGAAAAAUUUAUCAAGAAAAAAAUUCUAUUCGUCGUGUACAAUCAGAUUUUUAUGUUAUAUUAAAUAAUAAUGAUUUAAUACAAUCAAAUAUAGCCCAAUCAUCUUCAAUAAAUAAUAAUAAUCGUUUGAAUAAAAAAUCAAAAUCUAUGGAAAAUAAUCUUAAUCAAAUACGAACAAAUAAUAAUCAAGAAAAUUCAUCAGUUAUAGAAAAACAUGAACAAAUUCUUGAAACUAAAUCGGUACGAUUUUCAAUUGAACCUCAAGCUGAAGCAUGCUCAACCGUUGAUAUUCCAAUAGAUGAUUGGCGUCCAAUUUUACAAAUUCUUGAAAAUGUUUUUGCUGAUGAUGAUGAAACAUCUGAUAUGAUUACUGAACAACCUGAGUCACUUGAACCAUUAUUACCUAAUAAAAAAUCUUAUUCCAAUGAUCAUCGAUAUUCAACAAAAUUAAAUGAACAACAAAAUGAUAAUCAAGAUGAAUCAAAUAUUCCAACUCGUUUUCGUCGUACACAUUCAAGUCAAGGUCGACGAAGACGUCGAACAUCACGUCGUGCAACAUCUGUUGAUCAACGUCAAUUAUAUUUUAAUGGUGAACAUACAUCAAAUCAUCAUCUGUCACCAUCAUCGUCAUAUCGACGAUCAGCUUGUCUAAUGAAAGCCUUACGUGAUGAAACUAGUCUACGUGAUGAUUCAUUAACAACAACACCAUCCGAAGAAUCAUCACAAUUAUUAGUACGUACAACUGAACGACCUCGUUGGAUACCUGUUUAUCGACAAAAUCAAUAUGAUCAAGAUUCAUCAUCACAAAUUAUUGAUGAAGUCGAAUGGCAUAAUGAAACAAGUCCAGGAACUGUACAUUAUUUUCGUGAUGAAAAUGGAAAACUUUUUUCUUAUGUUUUUGGUGAUGCAUCAUGUCAAGCACGUAUGGAAACAUCAGAUCCAAAACCUGAUACAAUUACACGAAGCAUUAGUGAUGAAACGGAAGCAACCGUUGAACAAAUACCAAGAGGACAUAUAACACCUCCACAAACUCCAUCAACAACAAUUCAACAAAAUCAUGAAUCUUGUUCAUUUUUUGGUGGUCGUCGGCGUCGUCAUCAUCAUCAUCGACCACCACAUCGAUCACGACGAUAUGAACAAACACAACAACGUGAACAUCAAACAAGAAUUAAACAUCGAUCUGUAAAAGGACAAACCUAUCGAUUAAAAUUAUUUAAUAGAAAUAUUAUUGUUCCAUUUGAUCGUCUUUGGUUAUUAACUGUCUUUGAUAGAGAUCGAUCAAUAACUGAAUGUAUUUUAUGUAUAAUCUUGGCUAUUAUUGUUUCAAUAAUUGGUAUACAUGUUCUUUACAAUGAUAUUUAUUAUGACUUAGAAAUUCUUGUUUAUUGCUGUGUUAUUGCUGCAUCUCAAUAUUCUUUAUUAAAAAGUUGUCAGCCAGAUGUGAAUACACCUGUUCAUGGCUUUAAUCGUAAUACAGCAAUAAGUCGUGCAAUAUAUUUUUGUUUAUUUUCAAGUUUAUUAUUAAUAAUAUAUAAAUUAAAAACAUUUUCAUGGCAUUUCAUAUUAUUCGGAAUAACAUUUUCAAAUAUAAUUGUAUGUUAUAUGAUCUAUAAUAUUCUAUCAAUUAUAUUAUUAUGUUUACCAAUAUUAUUUCUAUUUGGUCUACUACCACAAUGUUCAACAUUUUUUCUUUGCAUACUUGAAAAUUUUGAUAUGCAUUUAUUUGGUGGUACAGCUAUGAUUAAUAUACCUGGAGCUUUAUAUAGUUUUAUAUUAUCAAUAAUUAAUUUUAUCAUUCUAUCAAUUAUUGGAUAUUAUGGAUUAUUAAUUGAUACAUCAAAAGAUCAUAUGCAAAAUAUAUUAUUUUCAAUAUAUUGUGGUUUUACAGUUAGUAUUUGUUAUAAAUUAAGUCGUGGUUCAACUAAUCCAAAUGUUUUGUGGCAUAUAAUUAAAUAUGACUUACUAAAAAUAAACCGAAUAUUAAUUAAAAAUGAAGAAAUACAAGAUCCAUUGCCAGAUAAAUUAAAAUCAAUUGUAAAACAACGAUUACAGUCAGAUAUUCUUCUUUGUUUUCUUAUAUUUAUUCUUGUUUUUGCUGCACAUGCUUCAACAACAUUUACAAGUCUUCAACCAAUACUUAAUUAUAUAAUAUGCUCCAUCGUUAUUGCCUUGGGCAUUUUAUUUCAUUAUAUAUUACCACAACUUCGUAAACAAUUACCAUGGUUAUUAUUUAGUGAACCACUUAUUAAACAAGCAGAUUAUGCAUUAUUUGAACCAACAGAAGCAACAAAAGUUUUAUUUAUUGAAAAAUUAUUUGUAUGGAUUGUUUUUAUUGAAAAAAAUAUUCUUUUACCAUGUACUUAUCUUGGUGCACUUUCACAUUCGGCACCAAUUGUUAUUAAUAAGUUUGGUCUAUUGUAA